AUGGACGCCCCUGCCCGAGUCAUUCUGCAGCUGGCCAGGGACCCAGACUCAGUCAAAAUCCAGGAUGUUUUUAAAGCAGCCAGGCACUCCCCUCCCCUGCAGGUUUCCAGGGUGGAGCUCUCUCAGGCGGAGUGUAAUUGUAGCUGCAAGUCAGACUGGACCGACAGCUUCACACUGCUGGGUAAUAGCAAAGAACUGCCCCCAGCCUCCGCCCCUUUCCAUCUCCCACAGCCACUCCCAUACCCCCAGGGCAAACAGCAAACACCCAACAAAUGCUCCACCGCUGACAAGCAGCAGCUCAGCACAUCCCAGGGGGGCCAGCAGCAACAAGGACAAGAACAAUCGCACAAGAUCAGGAGGAGAAAGAUCACACUGAGGAAUCCCUGGCACUUGAAGCAUGAGGAGCUGAGGGACGUUGGGAACGAACAAACGAAAACAACAGCGGAGCUGGAAGCCAAUAAGAGCAAGAACCGCUACCAGAGCGUGCUGCCCUACGACCAUUCCAUUGUGAAGCUGACCCCUAUUGACUCAGAGCCCAACUCAGACUACAUCAAUGCCAACUUCAUACCGGGUUACAGCUCUCUGCAGGAGUUCAUCUGCACUCAGGGCCCCCUGCGCAGCACCAUGACAGACUUCUGGAGGAUGGUGUGGGAGCAGAAUGUGCGCAGUGUGGUGAUGCCGACGCUGUGCAAGGAGCACGGCAAGGUGCUGUGUGAACCGUACUGGCCAGCACUGGACUCCACACAGGGGUACGGACAGGUGGAGGUCACCACGCUGUCACAGAGCUGCAGCCAGGACUGGAGAGUCAGCCAGCUGAAACUUUACCACAGGUCCACACACACAGAGAGGAGGGUCUCCCAUUUCUACUACACUGCCUGGCCGGACUGCGGCGUUCCCCGGACCCCCGCCUCAAUGACCUCCUUCACCAAGCACGUCCGGGAGCAACUUAACAAGACCGAGGGGGCGGGGCCGACCGUGGUGCACUGCAGUGCCGGGGUGGGCCGCACCGGUACCUUCAUCACCCUGGACUGGCUCCUGCAGCAGCUGAAGUCCGGCAGCGCCGUCGACGUGCCGGGAAUCGUUCACAAGCUGAGGCGCAGCCGCUGCCUGAUGGUGCAGACCCUGGAUCAGUACAUAUUCAUACACACCUGCCUGCUACUGAAGAUCACACAGGAGGGACAGGCUGCAGCUCACAACCAACAGAUUUAUUUUCUGUAUCAUGAAUUGCCAUCCUUUAAUGUAACGGAGGACGGAGGCGCAAACCAGCAACCCCACAAGCAUUUCAACCACUAUGCAAAAGAGCCAGGAUUGUCUCCAUUCAUGUUUAUAGAGAACUGAACCUCAUCUCAUCAAUGGGGGACAGAAUCUGUCACAGUGCAUCACACAACACUAACUACUGCAACAAAAACAGCUUCUGAAAUCAUCUAUUUUCAGUGGUUUAAAAAAAAUAAAUUAAUCAGUAUUGCUUGAUACAGUACAGUGUAACUUCAUUUCAGGACUCUCAUCACAGACGACGAUGUGCAGGGAAGCAACGGAGAAUAAGAGGGUCCCGGUUCAUCUCUACCUGUACGGGACCAGACAACCGACACCUCCAGCCCAGCGCUGGCUGUCCCAGGGACCAGACAAUCAACACCUCCAGCCCAGCGCUGGCUGUCCCAGGGACCAGACAACACUGCUGCUGUUCGAUGGGGGAGACAAGGAGCAAACCUGGACUGACAGUCCCAACCACUGUGGCUUCUUAAUUCAUCUUUAUACCUCAUUACAAACAAUCCAUACACGACUGCCUUAGGACUAUUCAUGGACAACCGAAGGUAAGGUAAUCCAAGACUAGUGCCAAUCAGGGGUCGAUGAAUCCAUCAGAGAAGAAAAUACGCAGUGAAGAGGUUGUUUUUCAUGCCACAAAAAUAUCUUGAUCAGUAGUCCUCAAAAGCAUUCUGUCUCUCUCUCUCUCGACAUUUAACUAAAUUAUUGUUCCAGAAAGUCGAAUAAAAUGAUGUUAAUUCAGCAUUCACACAGUUUAAGAAAGGAAAAAACCCACCUCAAUAAAAUAAUCAAAUCAGAAACAAAGCCACUCAGUUAUUGAAGCUAGGUGCCGGUAAGCCUUCUCAAGCUAGGUGCCGGUAAACCUUCUCAGGUGGUUUCCUUUUCCUUUUACAAUCGUGUUGUGCUAAUGACCACAUGAAAGAAACAGCAAUAAUCUUGUACUAAACAAACACUUUUACUGCAUUCAUAUUUCAGCAGUUAUCUUUCAUAGGCAGAAAAGAACGUAGAGCUCUUUCAUUCUAAACCUCCAUUUGUAUCAGUGCUGGAUGCAGUUGUUCCCAAAAGCAGCCCUUGUUUACACAAUUACACUGAAUUGACAGUCAGUCUAUCGCAGCAGGAACUACUUUUUUUGUAAUAAUAAAAAAACAAAAUGAUAAAAACCUGCGAGUUGGAUAUUUAUUUCCCAUUCCUUUCACCUUGAUCAAUACCUGUUUGCUUCACUAAAUAUUUUGGUAUUCCUGAAAAGACACAUUGUUCCCUCUUCAAAAAAAUGCCCCUUUAAGUUCAAUAACAGCUGUUACCUAUUCCCUUCUGAAUGGAAGUGCCUGCCUGCACAGUGAUUCAAUGACA